UGGCAGACCGGCGCUGAGCUUGCGCUGGUGAUGGAGGGAGCGCUGUUGAAAUGGACCAACUAUCUUUCAGGUUGGCAGCCACGAUACUUUGUAUUAGAAAACGGCAUCCUCUCCUAUUAUGACUCUCAGGAUGAUGUGGGCAAAGGCAGCAAAGGCAGCAUCAAGAUGGCUGUAUGUGAAAUCAAAGUGCAUGCAACUGAUUCUACUCGUAUGGAGUUGGUCAUCCCAGGUGAGCAGUACUUCUACUUGAAGGCAGGAGGCGCUGCUGAAAGACAGAAAUGGCUGGUGGCUUUGGGCAGCUCCAAGGCCUGCCUCGGGGAUAGCAGAAGCCAGAAAGAAAAAG